CGCCCACCGACGCAUCGUCCCUUUAACUCAGAGUUCUUGCUUUCCUCCGGGCCCUGUGCGCUACCAAAAGGCAGCUUAAUUGGGGCGCCCAGGUUUUAACCUCAUCGGGCAGAGACGGAAGUAGAGGAAUUGUAGGGAGUUCGGAUUUGGUGCCGAAGUACCAGAGGGGAGUGCCUCAGUCCGGAAACGAAAGACCUCGUGAUUGCAAUAAGCAGGAAUUCGGCGCUGGCUGUUUCUGAACUGCGGAGGGGCUGGUGGAUUUCCUGGGGUGCUGAUUUGCGGAAGAAACGGCUGGAGCGAGCCGGAGUGUGGCGUUUGGCCUGUUCCGGGAAAACUAAGGCGCCUAGAAACAACUACGCCGUCUGAGAGCCAGCAGCUCAAGCGGAAUUCCGCGCUCGUGUGAGUGAGAGAGAGGGCAACGCAGACUUUUGGAGUAGGCAAUGCCGAGAGAGUUGGAGCCCGAAACCAUAAGAGGCAGUGAGAGUAGCGAGCGGGGCGCGGCAACUUGAAUAGAGCGAGGUUUGAAAGCUUCAGCUAAGGUUACUGUAAAGCGACUGAUUAUUAGAGGCUGGAGGGAAGGGCGUCGAAUUGCUCAUACGCCUUUGUCGGAAAAAAGGGGGCGCGUAAUAACGCAGAUCCAGGAUCACUAGAAUCGGCGGGAAUAGUUGCGAGGAGCCUGUUUCUCCGCUGCAAGAAGCCGGAAUAAAAUAACGCCUCGUUUGCCUCGGAGGUCGGUGAAGCUUGGCCUAGUACCGCUCGUCAGCCUUUUUUCCGGCCCUAUGUGGUCUGCAGCCGCUCCGGACAUCCCAAAAUGAAGGGAACGGUGGAGCUUCGGCAGGUCUCGGCCUGGAGCGAUUAUGUUCGAGGCCGCUGGCUGCGGGAGCUGCUGGAUCAGCGUCGUUCUGGGGAGCCUCCCAGCCGCAUCCUAAUCAGCCCCGACAAGCACCAUCUGCUUCUCCUGUGGAACCAGCCGGCCUCCCAGCCUCGAGUGGUGUCUUUUCAGCGCCUGGGACUCGAUGGAGAGGAGCUGGAGAGGACCUGGAAGCCACCUCAACCCGCAGUAAUGGAGCUGCUUUUCUUGGAAAGCCCUGCCACAACUGUCUCCUGGGUUUUGGCUAUCAUUUGGGAGCAAGGCAGGACCGAAGUCUGGCGCUUUGUGGCCACCACUGGAUGGCAUUUGCUGCAGAGUCUGGAACUGUGUCAUGGAGCUCGUGCUCGGAUUGUCUCCAUUUGCAGCUUGGGGGAACAGCUUGUGUGGUGUGAAGAGAGGCCUCCUUUGGAUGCUCAGCUGACUCCUGAGAGAAGAGCCUUCCAAUAUUGUAUUUGUGUUCGAGGCCUUCAGAUUGGAGAGCAGGGUGUCCAGCUGAGCCCUCUCAGGGUUAUCUUGCACAAUAGCCCUGUUUACCAAGUCUUGGCCAAGCCCUCUGGAGUCUUCCUUGUCCCCACCCCAGCCACCUUCCCAAGAAUAGCCAAGUUUGUCCUCAUCUGGCGACCUGAAAUGGCUGAUAUUGUUAUUGCUGCGCCACAUGGUCCGUGCAUUUCCAUAAAAGCCUCACAUGCAGGCAGUGAUGUAGACUUCAAAAAGCUAAUGCUGAGUUACGUGGGAUUCUUGGAAUCCAUGAAAAAUUUGGCUGUACAUAGCUGUGCCCUAUCCAAUUGCGGAGAGCUGCUCUUGAUCACGCAAACAGGCACAAUACAGGGAGUCCAACCUAAUGGCGUGUGGCGACCUGUCUUUGACUUUUCAGGAGGCAUUUUGUCUUCAGGAGAGCAGGUCCAACUAAAGGUAUUUGGGGCCAUCCUGGCUUGCUUACUGAAGGAGACUCUUUAUCUUGUGGAUUUGAACAGUAGGGAGUUGAUAGAAAACAAAGUCCUGAGCACUGAAAGAGUAUACUUUUUGGACUCUCCUACCAUAGAAGAAGAAAUCCAGGUCCUUGCUCAGGAUGGCAUUUAUACUCUUGACUUCUCAGACUCUGAUCAAGGCUGCCAGUCAGAACCCAACCUAGUGCAGAUGGUGUUUGAAGAAGCCUGCAAAUACUAUCAAAGACGGAGUCUCAGCAGUUCCCAACUCACUGUGGAGAAACUGAAGAAGGGGGGCAUGUUUCAGGCUCCUGUGACACUCUCUUCCAUCCUGUGCUAUAGUCUUGAUCCCAAAGGAAAAAAGCUCCGGGCUCUCCCGGAAUCUUAUACCAAGCUCCUGGGCACAAUGCAAUUAGAACUGCAGAAUUAUCAAGACCUGGAGUUCCUCAAGUUGCGUGUGGUUCAAUCUUCAGAAAGUGAGGUAAAGAUCUAUGGUGAAGCACUGGUGGAACAAGAACUCAGCCGCCUUCUUCGCUUGGACUUGAACAGAGAGAACUUGGCAUACCUGAAUGUUGUAUUCACAGCUUUCCCUGGGGCUUUCUGGAAAGCUAUCCAGAACCAUCUCCAGUUACAAGAGAAUGGGGCUGGCAUGCUGGUAGCUAGAGCCACUCCAGAUGUGUGGAAAAAAAUUCUGGGGGGAGCUACUCUUAGCCCAAGUAAGCAAGAAGAAAGCCCUCUAAAUGGAGUAUUCCCCUUCUUUGAACUUGUCUGUCUUUCUCUUCUUGAGUUCAGGCCUAAAUGGUUGCCUCACUUUGUAGAGCUAUCCCAGCAGUAUUUGGGUGCCUCCUGGACUUAUAAAAGCAAAGAAGGGCCCGAGGGUGGUGUGCCCCUUUAUAAGAGAGCACUAGCUGUACUGCCAAGGUGUGCCAGAUGUCCAGUAGCAGAUGGAGAAAUGGAAAUUGAGCUCUUGCUCUGUAGUCAGAGGCCCAAAGCAAUCCUCCAAGCCAUGGAUCUCCUUAUCCAAUAUGGGAGAUGGCAGCAUGUGAUGGAGACAGCAGAGAAAUUCUCCUUGUUGAGCCCUUUGCUAAACAAAGAGAUUUUUAUUAAUCUCCUAGGGGAGUUUUCCCGGCACCGGGCCCUGGACCCCUACUUGGACAAGUUGUGGGAGCUCUGCCCUGCAGAUAUGAGUGCCCCUGAUGUCAUGAGCAUUAUUCAGCAAAAUCUAGCAUCAGCUGAGCUCAGUCCAUUUCCUUUUGCACAAGAUGGGUCAUCCCAACUUACUAUUGCCCUGCUCAAACCACUGUUGUACAGACUGGCACAGAAUCAAACAUUCCAGAAUGAAAUUUUUGGACAUGUCUUACAGGUCCCAUCCUUUCCCCCACCAACACCACCCAGGAACCAGCAGUCUCUUCCGAAAGCAGAUUACCAGGAAGAGCUAACCUUCUUUCAAAACCAAACAUAGUUUUUAUCGUGUCACAAUUAGAACAAGCAAAUGGUAUUUAAAAAUGGUUCUGCAAAAUCAGGAGCUACAGUCUUUAUAUUCCAAGCUUACCAGUUAAAGUGGGAAGUUAAAUCACAGAAUCAUGUCUUGUCAAUGACUUUGUUUGGAAGAGUGCAGAGCUAGGAAGGAGUGGAAACAUUUUAUAUCUUUAAAUUAGGGUAAAUAAAGGCAUCUCUUCCUUAACCUUUCAGAUAUGUUGGGAUUAUAAUUCUCAAAAUGAGAAUUCUGGAUUGUACACUAUUUCUAGAACAUCUGGAGGGCAUCAAUUGGGGACAGCUGCAUAUCAAUGACAUAAUUGUUUCAGUAAAAUUUGAAAUAUUACUGCUGGUGUACUUCCAUCCCUUAAUGAAUAAUAUUAUGGAACUGGUUGAUAUUCUGAUAAAAUGCCCAUCUUUAUUCAUCAACUAUAUUUGUAUAUGAGUGUCACUGAGGAAUAGCAGUGUUUGUGCUCAGAAAUAGUCUUCCUCCAAUACCCUUGGCUUUAUGUGGAUUAGGGUUACUGAUUAUUAUAGACUAAGGCAUCUAAAGACAUCUGGUUGGAGAAGGUUUCUCUAAACUGUUGUUUCGUGAGGAGAGAAGUUUUUGAUAAUAACCCUAAAAGUUUCAUUUGCCAGCCUUACUUCCUCCUAAACUAAUGCUUUUGAAACUCCCUAAAUGCAAUCAUCAGUUGCUGCUUCUCUGAAAAUAAUUACUCCUCAGGUGUAUCACAGAUUUAAGCAAUAUUUAUUUCAAGCAGGGGAAGUCCUGCUGUUUUGACUGCAUUUAUCUAAGCACACCUUUGUCCCCUGCUUUUUAGAAGAGUGGAAAAGAUUCACUAUAAUAAUUUGUGCCAUAUUUCUUUGUAAGAAAGUAUAAUUCUCCCUAAUGCUGCAUUUCAUAUUUAAGCAAAUUUUUCUUUGCUUUAAAAUGGCAAGGCUUGAAAUGAGGUGCUAUUGUAAUGCAACUCCUGACAAUGUUUACUCCACUUCUGCUUAAGACUAAUUACCCUUUUAAGUAAAACUAGCCCUCUCCAUGAGAGAUUGAGAAUUUAUGCCUUCCAAACAUUGCUAUGCUGCAAUUUCUGGCAUCCUCAUGUCCUUCAUGCAUAAUGAUAGGGCCUUUUUCUAUAUAAACAGAAAUAGAGGAAUCCUUAAGUGGUCUAACCAUGAAUAUUUUUUCUAUGUGUAGGUAGUUGGUGAUACAGCAUCAUUUUAAUUCUCAUGAAAUUGACAGGAUUGUUUUUUAAAAAUGCAUAUUUUCCCUGAUAUAAUCCAAAAAGAAGGUAGCUUGUUGAAUGUAAUAAGAGCUACGCUACUUCAGUUCUCGUAUCAGAGUGAGUUUAACAGCUGCUUUGCUGCCAACUUUUGAUUUGAAAGGCAAUGGGAUCCGCAUGAAAACUGUUAAGAGAUGGAGAAUCUGAAGCCCUCCCAAAAUUGCUGAAAUCUUUGGAAUCCCAAGCAGUUUGAUUAAGGCUCAGAAAUGCCAGAAAUUAAGGAGUGUCACAGGUUUCCCACCCAUUUUGAAAAGAUGGUUGUGAGCAGAUACUUUGUCUACUGUUUAUGCUGUUAAUUCUGUUGCCCUGUCCUACAGUUUGGAAAGUUUUCUAACGAUUGUUUAGUAGGGAAAGGCUCUGCCCUGAUAUCUGAGAAAUGUGAAUGAAAGUUAAGGUAUCCAUUGACUAGGCUUGAGUAGCCUUCACUGCCUUGGCAAUCUGGGGGUUUUAGUGUAAAGCAAAUAUUUUUCUUUCCAGCUGUGAGCUUCCCCUUUCUAGAGUAGCAGACAGACAUGUAGGAGAAGUCAAGAGCUACUCUAAGUCUCCCUUUUACUCUGUCAGAAGCAAACAAGGGAGGCACAGGUGAUGAAAGUACACAAAACACUUGGCUUAUACCAAACUGGCCAUCCCAAAUCUACAAUAUCUGCUACUUUUUUCAGGUGCAUAUUUUUCAAAAACCUCAAGCUUCCUCAUUCCAGAGCCAUUUUAAAGUUAUUUUAAGAGUUGAAAAUUACUGUAAAAUUCCCCCCUUGAUUAUAAAGAGGCAAGCUUCUUUGUCCUCUCUACAGACUAAUGGGAUUCUUUGUUAGUGCUGGACUUCAAACAGGGGUUGGCUCUUUGUUCUCAUGAAGUAGGGGUGAAAGGAUAAGCAGCCUUAAGAUUUGCCUGGAUGCUUUGUACCGUGCCUAUUUUGAGUACCUUGGCAGAGAUAUAGUAGGCUUUUAAAGCUUCUUUUUAAUGAAUAAUUUUAAUGAGUAAGCAUUAUAUACUCCCAGCUGUAUCUUCUAUAGUAUUUUUGUUAAUUCAGUCUGAGUCUCUUGUUAAUGGGGACCAACAUUAGUAGAUAAUUCAUAGUCUGACCUGGAAGAAUGUCAACUAAGAGAACAAAUCACGUCUAGGAA